AUGGAAUAUACGGAUGGAUAUAUGUCGAAUGAGCAUCAAGAACAGCUUCGAUCUGUUUCAGAAAGCUCAGAUCCAUCAUCUGUCUCCCCAUUAGCCGUCUGCACCUCCCCGAAAUCUCCCAGCUGGUCUCCAAAAGAUCAUCAAGGCAAGCAAGGAAGACAUUUAAAGAAUGAAAGAAAUUCUCAUGUUCAAAGAGAUGGCCGCCCAAAGAAAGGUGGUUGUGGAGGAAAAGGUACCUGGGGAGGGCUGCUUGAUACUGAUAAUGGCUGUGCUAUUGAACCCAGUGAUCCAAAUUACAGUAGCAAUGAGGUAUUUUCAGCUCAAUCGACGAGAAAAACAGCUCAACAAUUCAAUGAGUACAAGAAAAAGGUUACUGUAAUCUUGCAGGAGUAUUUUGAGAACGAUGACAUUAGCUCAACCGCGAGCGAAUUGAGAGAACUGGGAAUGCCUUGCUACGACUUCUAUUUCGUGAAGAAGCUCGUUUCCAUGGCUAUGGACAGGCACGACAAGGAGAAAGAAAUGGCGGCGCUUUUACUCUCAUCACUCUACGUUGACCUCAUCGCUCCAGAUCAAGUUUACGAAGGCUUCACUAAACUUCUGGAAUCCGCCGACGAUUUGGUCGUGGAUAUACCGGAUACGGUUGACGUUCUGGCAGUGUUCAUAGCCCGAGCGGUGGUCGACGACAUGCUCCCGCCGGUUUUUCUGGUGAAAGUCACCGCCUCUCUGCCGGAAAAUUCUAAAGGACUCGAGGUCAUCAACAAGGCCAAGAAGAGCUACUUGUCGGCUCCGCUGCACGCCGAAGUGAUUGAGCGGCGGUGGGGCGGAAGCCGAAACAGAACGGUUGAGGAUGUUAAGGGGAAGAUUAACAAUUUGUUGAAAGAGUAUGUAGUGAGCGGAGAUAAGAAAGAAGCGUUUAGAUGCGUCAAGGAUUUGAAUGUCCCUUUCUUCCACCAUGAAAUUAUAAAACGAGCUGUGAUUAUGAUCAUGGAAAGGAAGCCGGCGGAGAGCCGGCUUCUAGAUCUAUUGAAGACGGCGGCGGAAGAAGGAUUGAUCAAUUCCAGCCAAAUCUCGAAAGGUUUCAGUCGGAUUAUCGAUUCAAUUGACGAUCUCUCUCUGGACAUUCCAAACGCGAAGUUCAUUCUUCAAUCAUUGAUAUCGAAAGCGGCGUCGGAGGGGUGGCUAUCGGCUUCGUCUCUGAAGCCGAUAUCUUCCGUACAGCCUGGAAAGCAAAAAGCGGUUGAAGACGACGUGAAGCGAUUCAAGACGAAAGCGCAGUCGAUAAUCCAAGAGUAUUUUCUGAAUGGCGAUAUUGUAGAAGUGAGUAGCUGUCUCGAAUCAGAGAAUCCUUCUUAUUCCCCUGAGCUCAACGCAAAUUUCAUCAAGAAACUGAUUAGCCUCGCCAUGGACAGGAAAAAACGAGAGAAAGAAAUGGCCUCCGUCUUGCUCUCCUCCCUAUGUUUCCCAACCGAGGACGUGGUGAGCGGUUUCACAAUGCUAAUCGAAUCCGCCGACGACACGGCGCUCGACAUCCCGGCGGCGGUGGAGGAUCUCGCGAUGUUCCUAGCCAGGGCGGCGGUGGACGAAGUCCUCGCCCCGCAACAUCUCGAAGAAAUCGGCUCCCAACUCUCCGAAGUAAACUCCAUCGGCAACAAAGUCGUCCAGAUGGCCAAAUCUCUCCUCAACGCCCGCCUCUCCGGCGAGCGAAUACUCCGGUGCUGGGGCGGCGGCGGCAGCUGCUCCAACGGCUGGAGCAUCGACGACGUCAAAGACAAAAUCGGAAAACUUCUAGAAGAAUUCGAAUGCGGCGGCGACUCACGAGAAGCCUGCCGCUGCAUAAAGGAGCUAGGGAUGCCGUUCUUCCACCACGAAGUCGUCAAAAAGGCGCUGGUGAUCAUCAUAGAGAAGAAAACCGACGAGCGGCUAUGGAAUCUCCUGCGCGAUUGCUUCAACACCGGUCUGGUCACCAUGAAUCAGAUGAUCAAAGGAUUCAUGAGAGUUGAAGAGUCGAUGGAUGACCUAGUUUUGGACGUGCCGGAUGCAAGAACAAAGUACAAACAUUACGUGGAACGGGCGAAGAUGGAAGGAUGGUUGGACUCAACGUUUACAGUUAAUAGGGCCGGACAACAACAACCUAUGGAAAAUGGCUUCUAA